AUUAAUAGUGGGCUAGGCAUUUUUACAAACUGUUGAUUUGCAAUAACUGAUAUCAUGAUUCUGUACACUUAAGUUAUGAUUUCCGAAACAAAACGAAACUUGCAUUUAAAUGAACGGAAACCCAAUUGAAAUCCUUUCUAUGUGUUGCAAAAUGGGUAGGCAUUUGUUGUGGGGCAUGACUGGGGAGCACAGGUGGCAUGGUAUCUUUGCCUCCUGAGGCCAGAGAGAGUGAAGGCAUUGGUCAAUUUAGGCCUCCCUUACCUGCCACGUUCACCAAAGAUAAAACCUUUCGCGAGCCAGGGAGAGCCGAAGAGUCAUUUUCCAAAUAUGAUUCCUUAACAAUAUUGAAGAAGUUUCUGUUGAUCAAUGCUCCUGAUCUUCUGUCUGCUCCUCCUGGAAUUGAAAUUAUCGCUUUCCUUGCGACUCCAUCUACAUUGCCUCAUUGGAUAACACAGGAAGAGCUUGAAUUCUGUGCUGAAAAGUUUCAGAAAUCUGGUUUUACUGGUGCCUUGAACUACUACCGUGCCAUGGACAUGAAUUGGGAGCUUCUUGGAGCAUGGCAAGGAGCAAGGAUUACUGUGCCAACAAAAUACAUAGUAGUUGGUGAUAAAGAUGUGGGGUUUCAAUCCUUUGGAACAAAGGACUACAUUAAAGGAGAAGCAUUUAGGAGCCUUGUGGCCCUUGUUCCUGAUCUUCAAGUUGUUGUUGUGGACGGCCACCAUUACAUCCAGUUGGAGAGAGCAAAACAAAUAACCAAAGAAAUCAUUUCCUUUUUCAGUAAGAAAUGAUCUAUUAUGCGCAACUUACCUCACAAUAUGUAUUAGAAAUUAUAAGCGUGUAUAAGAAUUCUUUAAUCCUACCCACAUGUAAGAUGAUACUAUAUCGUGUUUGGCAGAUGAACUUUUGUUGGUUGAUAUACUUGAACGAUUGUUAGCAUAUACGCAUGGAUUUUGAGCAUUCACUCCUAUGUGUUUAUAAUCACUUAUCAUAUUUCUUAUGGAAUAACCUAAUGUUUAGAGC